ACCGGCGGCUGCUGCCCGCGGCGUUUUUGUGAUUGACGUGCUUUUAGGCGGAUACACACCUCGACUGAACUGCAGUUAAUGUCUACCAAUUAUCCACACACUUUCCGACUUCGCUUACCAAAACCCAUCAAACUAUCCACACACAUCGCUCGCCGUAAGCGACAAGGCAAGUGACGUGUUAUUAUCCAUUAUUCUUUCGGCGAUGCACGCCGCAGUGGACUCUGCGCGCCCGAGAGGUACCCCGCUCUCCGUGCUGCUCUUCUUCCGUCUGACAGUUCGCUGACGUUCGUGCCCGGAGCACAAAAACGGCUAACACCACUUUGAGGUACACUAUAUAAAAGAUGGUGGCACACGUUGUAUUUCGUCGGUGUGUUUGAAUCUAAAUUUCUCUUAUAAUUCUGAGUUCUUAGUUCCGGUGAUAUUUGUGCUUCAAAAACACAAGUAUCGCUUUAGUGUUCAGGUAUACUAUAGAAACUAGCUAGAAACAUUGUGGUUAUCUCUUGACUUCUGCAAGGGGACCCUUCUUCCACAGUGCAGAGGGACUGAACGGUAUUGGCAUCCCACUUUCGAGAGAAACCGCUAACGAUUACCUUCCCACUCUCAAAACACCGAAGCGACUGUGAGUAGCAAUUGCGGUUGUGUGAGAACUGUUUCAUGAAAGACUGCCGUCCUUUGCAUUGUUGCAAUGACAGGCCAGAUAUUUCGAGCAGUGUCUCUAACGCUGCUGAUCGGCGCCCUUCUGCCGUCUGCCGCGUCUAAAACAAGCGAACAAAAUGCUGAGGCAGAUUUCACCGCUACAAUUCCUAAAGCGGGACUUCAGGGAAACGUGGAGAAAGUCUUUUUUCUCGGACCAUCGAACACGCUCCAGGUCAUUGACCAGACCGGCGCUGCAGUCUAUUUGCCAGAAAAGAGCGCCAACACACAAGAGGCUUCCUCUAAACCCUACAGUGUCGCUUAUCGCUUUGAGAAUGGGGCGUGCGACUUCACCAAAACUGUCGAAUUCAAGGACAUAUUUCCAGACUACACGACGGCAGUAUGGGACCAGGAACAGAAGGACUCGGCGACGAGUGGAGGUGGAUCUGCAGAAAAGGUUGUGAAGUACAGGUUUACGAAUCCUCCGGCUGAAUACUUGGGUGAAGGGUUGAGCUUUUGUGUGCGGUUCAAAACGGUUCUUGCUCCCAAGACGGAUUCAGGGACCAACACAUCAACAGUUGCAACGCAAGCGUCAACCAGUGGUUCCACACAGCCGAGUUCCACGUCAAGUGACACCAGUCAACCCCAAACGCCCAAUUCCACUCUGCCAACUGCUCAGACGGAUAACCAGGACACGAGCCCCGAAGAAAGUCAACAAGCUCCGGGAAGCGUCGCUCACAUUCACGAGGGAAGGGGAGACACUCAUGAAGUGUCUUCGCAAGUGUCUGGUGCGCUCAGCGGUGAGGAACAGCCCCCGGCGCCCAAGCAUGAACUGGCUGCUCCUGAGGAAAGCGAUAUUCCUAAAAAGCAUCCAGUCCUCCAAACAGCUGAGGAGAAUUCACCUGGUGAACCACAGACUCAUACCUCAUCACAGACUGGACCAUCGAGUCAAACUGCUCCAGACUCACAAAAGGUCACUUCCGAAGUCCCGGAUAACAAGGUACAGAGCAACCAGACAGACAGUGGCAAACUGCCGACAGAUGAGGAGGAACCUGAUGAAUUUCUGAAGCCAAAGCCUGCAAUCCCUCCUUCAGAGAAGGUUCCGAGUCCCAGUGAGACAGAGCCAAGAACCGAACAAGAGCAAGGAAGCAUGAGUAAAGACGAAGAAAAAAAAUCAGAGGAGGACGAUCUUCAGAAGGAAUCUCAUGAGAAUCCUCUUGAGAACGGCGUCGAGACUCCUCAUGCACCAGUGUCUAAGGAACCAGCCCAUGAGUCAAACGAAGAAGUGGAAAAAGCUUCAGCUGCCCCAGCAGGUCAGAAGGAUCCAUCCGCUGCAGCACAGCCUGAUGUGUCAGGAGAUGAACUAAAUUCGAACCAAGGUAGUGAUGACACACGACAAGAGAAAUCCGAAGUCACAAAAGAGGACAGCACAAGCAAAAAAGAUGGAGAGCAGCUUGACAGUGGCAAAGAGGAGGUGCACGGCGAACUCGUGGCGCCACAAUCUGUCGGCUCGCAAGUAGCAGAGGAUCCGAGUCACAUAGUCGCUGAUCCCACUUCCACAAAAGAACAUGAAGACGUGGACAAUGCAAAGCAAGAAGUGCAGGAGGAGGCCAUUAACGAGGCAUCUAACGAGCAGACAACUCACAGCAGUGUUGAGCCUGCUGAAGGAACGGGAUAUGAGACAGAUGCCUCUGAGGCAGGAAAGCUGACAGAAGCUCCAGCUGUCUCUGGUGCUGAGGAACAACCAUCGACCGUGCCGCAUCCUGCUGUGUCGCACGAUGGAGUAUCAUUGAACCAAACUAAUGAAGGCUCACGAACAGAGAAUGCUCAAAUCACAGAGGCGGAGCAUGCAAGCAAGGAGGAAGAGAAGGGCAUCGCAAGAGGUGCUGGGGAUGAGGCCGGCGCUCCGGCGAGGCGCCUCACUGAGAAUGUUGAAGAGAAUGUGGCGUACUUGACAGUUAUAGUGCACUCAGCAGCUUGGGGGUUCGCCAGUGGCAUAAGCAUAUUGUCAGUUUUUUUCUUCGCAGCGGCAGCUACAUUGUUGCCAGCCUCAUCGUGACGGAUUGCUUUCUACAACAACUGAGACCAGAGGAGUAUACAAACCGGGUGGAAUCAGGCAAGGUAUUCGUGACUUUGCCACAAGAUGAAACGCAGGUGCAAAAGCGGAAAUCAAUACGAUGGAUGGGUUGCACGUUCGAGAAAACUGAUUCUUGCCCGAAGCAGGACGUCCUGCUGGUCUAGCAC